CAUGAGCAGGAAACCAGCAGUGACAUCACUUUCCAGAAGUCCCCUUCAGGUUUCAGCGACGGUGAGAACCACAGCCACGAAGACACAGAAAAAUAAAGGAGUGAUCUGCUUUGAGACGUUUUUGAGCUGAUAUCACCGCUCUGACUGUUCAGCAUGUCUCUGUAUCCAUCACUAGAGGACCUCAAGGUUGACAAGGUCAUUAAGGCUCAGGCUCAGUUUGCCCAGACAGCCACCCCCAUGCCAGCCAUCACUGAAGGAACAUACCAGCCUCAGCUUGCUACUGCAGGGAUGCCAAGUUCCAGUUUGUAUCCUAAUCUGGAGGAGCUUGGAGAUUACAUGGGGCUGGCCCUUAACAGUGAAGAAGUUCAGAGGAACUUGGCCCUCAUGCCUGUGGCUGACAAUCAAGUUGCUGUGCCCUCCAGCUCAGGUGUUGGAGGGAUGGUACGCCCCGUGACGGGGGCCGACGUUGGCAUCAGGAGGGCAGAGAUCCGCCCUGGGCUUCGAGAAAUCAUCCUAUGUAAGGACCAGGACGCGAAGGUUGGACUCCGGCUCAGGGCCAUCGACAAUGGAGUGUUCGUCCAGCUUGUGCAGGCUAAUUCCCCUGCUGCCCUGGGCGGGCUGCGCUUCGGGGACCAGGUUCUUCAGAUCAACGGGCAGAACUGUGCCGGAUGGAGCGUAGACAAGGCCCACAAGGCUCUUAAGGCUGCGGCUGAAACCCGCAUUGAGAUGGUGGUCAGAGACAGGCCAUUUCAAAGAACUGUCACCAUGCACAAAGACAGCUCAGGACACGUGGGUUUCAUCUACAAGUCUGGCAAAAUCACAUCCCUGGUUAAAGAUGGCUCUGCUGCCCGUAACGGCCUGCUGACUGAACAUUACAUCUGCGAAAUCAAUGGACAGAAUGUUAUCGGACUCAAGGAUUCUCAGAUCAAGGACAUUCUGAACACCUCUCCAUCCACCAUGACCAUCACCAUUAUGCCCAAGUUCGUCUAUGAACACAUGAUUAAGAGGAUGUCCACCGGUCUUCUGCGGUCUGCCAUGGACCACUCUGUCCCUGAGGUGUGAAGACCUGACGGAGAGCUGAAAACUGUCAGGAUGUCUACAGAACUCAUUUUCUUUUAUUCCUUCUUCUAAUCUUUAUCUCUCUCUUUCUGUCUGUCUGUCAUCAUACAAAAAACACCUCAUGUAUCACAGUCAUCUUAUGCACCUCUUCUCAGUUUUAACAUAUUAAGCCUUUUUUUCCUUCCUUUAAAAUAUUCUUUAGCUUUACUUUUCCCAUGUCUUCGCAUUAGCGUUGUCUAUAUGUUAAUCUUGUAGACUGAUAUGUAGUUUGUAUGUUUUUCUCCUUUUUUUAUUCAGUAUCAAGGACAGUAAAAAUUUGUAUUUGAAAAAGAGAAAAGGAAAAAACAUCAUGAGUCCAGAGCUUCCUCCUCAGAGGAUGAGUCAGUGAUGGUUCAUCCUAUUCAAAAUGCUGUAAAAGCUGACUGGCAGCCAUCAGAGCCCUGUCCCUGCACAUGUCCUUUGUAAAUAAUCUGAGCUGAAAUAUCACCUGGAGUCUCGUAUAAAAACGUUUGUCCUAGAUCCAAUGUGGAGUCAUUAUUACCUUACCAGUAGGAGUGAUUUAACGAAUGAGCUGUUUUUAGUUUAAACCAUAUGCAGGUAAGAAUUAGUUUACUUUGGCAUUGUUAGUUUUUACUUUUUAGAUUCUAACAUUCAGCUUAGUCGCAUUUUAGCAGUUUUCCACCUCUUCCAAGAGAUGGCGACAUCGCAACACAUUUCCAGCUUCUGAUGUGGUGAGAUUGCUGGUACCAGUAACAAAAUGUGCUCAUUCCAGGGUGCAGUGUUGGGAAAUGGGUGGCAGCAGAUGUUUAUUCCUCACGCAGCUGGAACUGUCCACAAACGCUUAAAGAGUUGUGAGGUGGUGAAAGGGAGACUAAUCCGAGCACGCUAUGUGAUUGGCCAAAUGGUAGUUGAAAACAUGUAAUGGUCUCUGUUUUAUGAUCGUGUGUUGAAGAAAUUGUUAGUAUUUGUUUGGAAGGGUCUGCGCUGAGCAGACCCACUAAGUGCACUUUCCAUGAGCCCAUGCGGUCAUCCUUCCUGUUUCCAUUUCAACAAUGUGGUUUUUUUUGUUUUUGUUUUGUUAUUGCGUUUGUGGUGCCUCGUUAAGAAGAGAACUAGUGAUAACAAACUUGUACAUUAAAAAGAAAAAAAAAACCGAAUUAAAUUUGAUGCUGAAAACCAACUGUUCACAUUGAUUUUGGUUCCACAUCCCUGGGCUAAAGAGUAAACCUGCUGUCCUUCCCGCUGUAUUCCUUCCUUGACAGAUCAACACAGCGAGGGUGAGCAGAAGCUCACAGUUGUGAAUUUCUACUUGUUAUAUAAACUGUCUUCUUUAAUGCUGUUCAUGUUCAGAUGCAUGUACUUUAACUCUCAUUGUAUGCAAUCUGAUAAAUAUUGCUAUCAUUCUGUAUAAAAAAAAUCCAGAAAAAUCUAAGUUUAUAUACGAAUGUAACCAAGAUAAUAUUGUAAAACAAAUAAAGUCUCUGUUCACAUAA